AUGUCCCACCGCGCUGAACAGCAUUGCGCCUGGCGCUGGCGUGCCGGGGCUGCCCUGGCUACCCUGUUGCUGGCCCCGGCGCUGGCCUCGCCCGCUGCCGCCAGCCCGGCCACGUCCCAUGACGACUAUCGCAAGCGGGCGGAGUGGAUUUUGAGGACCACGCCGCUCAUCGACGGCCACAACGACCUCCCGUACUUCAUCCGCAAGUCUACCAAGAACCAGAUCUACGAUGGCAAACUACCCUUCGAGACUGGCCUGUCGGGUCACACUGACCUGAAGCGCCUCCGUCAGGGCAUGUUGGGCGGCCAGUUUUGGAGCGUGUAUACGCCAUGCCCGAACCCCUUGGUUCCCAUUGAUGAGCCUACGUGGUCCGUCAGAGACACUCUCGAGCAAAUCGACGUGACCAAGCGACUCAUUGAGAAGUACUCGGGCGAUCUGCAGUUUUGCGAUAAUGCAAGAUGCGCUACCCACGCCUUCUCCAAGGGGAAAAUUGCCAGCUUCCUCGGCAUUGAGGGCGGCCACCAAGUCGGGAAUUCUCUGGCCGAUCUCCGCCGCGUGUUUGAGCUGGGUGUCCGCUAUAUCACCGUCACCCACAACUGCGACAAUGCGUUUGCUACGGCUCAGUCAACGGUCGGCGCUGGCCUACCUGACGUCGGUUUGAUGAAACCGUUUGGCUUUGAAUUCAUUAAGGAGAUGAAUCGACUGGGUAUGCUGGUCGACCUCUCCCAUGUUUCUCACAACACUAUGAGAGACACCUUGAGCGUCACAAAAGCACCUGUCAUCUUUUCUCACUCAUCCGCCUAUGGUCUUUCCAAACACCUGCGAAACGUCCCCGAUGAUGUAUUGGUGUCCGUCGCCAAAAACAAUGGCGUGGUCAUGGUAACCUUUGUGCCUUCUUUCCUCAAUGUGGAUGCUCCCAACUCCACCAGCAUCGACGAUGUUGUAAAUCACAUCUUCUAUAUUGCGAAGGUAGCUGGGUGGAACCAUGUUGGCAUUGGUGGCGACUACGAUGGAAUUCCGAGCCUGCCAAAGGGCCUUGAGGAUGUUUCAACGUACCCUGCCCUCAUCACCCGUGUUCUCCAAAAGGGUGCGACGACGGAGCAAGUCCGAGGGCUUAUCGGAGAUAAUAUCCUUCGAGUCUGGGCUGAAGUUGAACAGGUAGCAAAGCGCCUGCAGACAUCUGGCGAAAAGCCCAACGAAGCCAACUGGGAAGGCAGAAACUGGACUCGGCCUGCUAAACGCGACUUUACUGACCUAGCCUCUUCUUUCACCGGCCGUAGCGUGCCACUCUCUAACGAGUAUUGUGAUUAA